UCCACAUCAUUUAUCACUCACUUUCUUUUCCCUCUUCAAAACAACCUUCCUCGUCAUCUUCAACUUCAAACACAUUCACUCUCUCCCAACACUUCUCUCUCACAUGGCAACAUCAUGUUCACAAGACAUAGCUCGAGAAACCUCAUGCCGCGACGGCGCCGCGGCAUCACAUCUAAAAAUAAUCUCCCUCUUUGUCAUAUUCAUCACCAGCGCCGUCGGUAUGACGGCGCCAGUACUUUUAGCUCGUGUCUUCCAAGGAAAACCGUUAUACGAUAGAGCAUUAGUAUUAAUAAAAUGUUUCGCGGCAGGCGUGAUACUCUCCACUUCCCUAGUCCACGUCCUCCCAGACGCCUACGCAGCACUCGCUGACUGCCACGUGGCAUCCCGUCAUCCUUGGAAGGAUUUUCCCUUCUCAGGACUAGUAACUCUCAUCGGCGCAAUUCUCGCGCUCUUCGUGGACCUCGUAGCGAGUUCCCACGUGGAGCACGGACAGUAUGCGCCGGUGGGUGAGAAAGAGAUGGAGUUGGAAGGUGGUGAAGGAGAUUGUGAAAGAGGGGAAGAGUUAAUUAAAUUGAAACAAAGAUUGGUUUCACAAGUAUUGGAGAUUGGGAUAAUAUUUCAUUCAGUUAUAAUUGGUGUGACUAUGGGUAUGUCUCAAAAUGUUUGUACUAUAAGGCCUUUAGUUGCUGCUUUGGCUUUUCAUCAGAUUUUUGAAGGGAUGGGUCUUGGUGGUUGUGUUGCUCAGGCAGGAUUUAGCUAUGGAACAGUGGCAUACAUGUGCUUCAUGUUUUCAGUAACAACCCCAAUGGGGAUAAUUUUAGGGAUGAUAUUAUUCUCAUUGACUGGUUAUGAUGAUAGUAACCCUAAUGCCUUAAUAAUUGAAGGGUUACUAGGUUCAAUUUCUUCAGGAAUUCUAAUUUAUAUGGCACUUGUUGAUCUCAUAGCAGCUGAUUUCUUUCACAACAAGCUUAUGAAUUCUGAUCCACGUUUGAAAAAGGCUUCUUUUGUUGCAUUAACUAUGGGUUCUGCUUCUAUGUCUAUUCUUGCCCUUUGGGCUUGAACAUUUUUUGUACCUUAAUUGUGCUCAAAUGUGUUUUGUUAUCAUCCAUAAAAUUGCCAUUUGAAAGUGUAAACAAUGAUCGAAAUGGAAAGAAAAUGAAAGGUCAUGUGAGGGUUCUAGCAUGCAUCGAUCGUAUUGUACAUACAUAAUAAUAUUAUGAAUGAAACAAUAAACAAAAAGAAAGUAAUUAGAA